CGGAAGUUCUGUUGCCAAUUCUUAUUUUUUUCGCUUUUAUCAUUUAGCUUGUUAAUUAGCAUACUGAGUGGUCUGUCAGAAGCACACCGUUUUUGCAGAAGUAUUUUUCUACCCGUUCAUAUUCAAGAAACUGGGAAAAAAUAGUUUAAUUUUUCGGUCAGCAUAUUUGAUCACGUCCAAUGCGUACAAUAACGCCCCGCUGUCUCCGCAGCCCCUUGUUAAAAACACGGAGUCCAGCACCGCUGACAGCUGAGUUGUGUUAGCUCGCUAACUUGCAUUCUACUGUGGAAAUAAUCCACAUCGUGCGCUGUGCAUGUGAGACGCAGAGAGUCAGAUCAUGGAGCCAAGUGGUACUGGUACUAUAGAACAGACCGAGCCUCGAUCAGUUCGACUUGCCUCGCCUGCUCUGAUGAUGCCAGCUCGGAGCGGCUUGUGCGGUCCUGGGGUGUCGGCCCGGCCGAUGCCCGGCUUCCCCCAAAAGAACAACCAAAGUUCCCCGUCCGAGAAGCCCGGCUCUCGAUGGGUGCGACUUAAUGUCGGUGGAACCUACUUCGUAACCACCAAGCAGACUUUGAGCAGAGAUCCAAAAUCCUUCCUGUACCGACUGUGCCAGGAUGAUCCCGAUCUUGACUCGGAUAAGGACGAGACAGGGGCCUACCUGAUCGACAGAGACCCCACCUACUUCAGCCCCGUGCUGAACUAUCUGCGCCACGGCAAACUGAUAAUGAACAAGGACCUGGCAGAGGAAGGAGUCCUGGAGGAGGCGGAGUUCUAUAACAUUGCGUCUCUGGUACGGAUGGUCAAGGAGAGGAUACGAGACAAUGAGAACAGGACAUCGCAGGGCCCAGUGAAGCAUGUGUACCGGGUCCUGCAGUGUCAGGAGGAGGAGCUUACCCAGAUGGUCUCCACCAUGUCUGACGGCUGGAAGUUUGAGCAGCUCAUCAGCAUUGGCUCCUCCUAUAACUAUGGCAACGAGGACCAGGCAGAGUUCCUGUGUGUCGUGUCCCGGGAGCUUAACAACUCCACCAACGGCCUCGUCAUCGAACCCAGUGAGAAAGCAAAGAUUCUUCAGGAGCGAGGUUCACGGAUGUGAGACUGGACUUACAGCAUGGACACUGAUGCACCGCUACACCUCUCCCCUGAUACAGCCCCACGUCAACAAUACACCCCCAGCCCCCCCCACCCGCUGCGUGACACUCGCUCAGCUGGAGAGGACAGGACGGGGGAGGGGGAGGG